CAUAUUGAGUAGUCUGCUUUUGCUGUACAGUUUCGAGCAACCUCCGCCAACCUACAAUCAUGUUUUCAACACAAGCACAGGGCAAAGACCUCACAGUGGGAAUCACCAUAUCCUGCGGGAUGGCGUUCAUGCUCUUUGGGUACGACCAGGGCGUUUUCGGCGGCAUUCUGUCCAAUCAGUCCUUCUUGGCCGUCUUCAACAACCCUAAUACCACAGUCCAAGGACAGAUGACCUCGACUUAUGUCCUCGGUUGUAUUUUCGGGGCGGUCAUUGCAAUGUUCACCGGUAACGUCCUUGGCCGACGACGCUCCAUUGCUCUUGCCUGUUUGUUUUGUCUCGUUGGUGGCAUCCUCCAAGCGACUUCCUAUACCCUCCCACACCUUAUCGUCGGACGCAUCGUCGCCGGGUUGGGCAUCGGUAUCAACACAACUACUGUCCCCAUGUGGCAGAGUGAGACCUGCAAACCCGAGCACCGCGGUAAGCUCGGGGCCAUCCAACUCACCCAUCUGGUCUUGGGUCACGUCUUUGCCAACUGGAUCAAUUUUGGCUUCACCUACAUCCCGACUCAGUCAGUCAGCUGGCGCUUUCCACUUGCAUUCCAAUGUGUGUUGGCUAUUGCCACCGCCGUGUGGCUACCUUUAACGGUGGAAUCGCCUCGCUGGCUUUAUCUCUGGGGCUGCCCGGCUCCCGAGAUCAAGGAGGUGAUAGCUCGCCUCCUGCAAAAAACACCCGACGAGGAGGAGGUCUUGCAAAAACUGCAAGAAAUCCAGAGCAUCGUAUCCCAUGAGGCGGAAAUCCAAAGCGCAGGCUGGCGCGAGAUCUUUCACAACGGUCCGCAGCAGACCUUCCGACGGAUUCUCCUGGGCGCCGGGGCCAACUUUAUGCAGCAGUUCGGAGGGGUCAAUGUCGUCGCUUAUUACCUGCCCGUUGUGUUGAAGUGGUCGUUCGGCUUCAGCGACCGGUUGGCCUUGAUCCUGUCUGCGGUGGAUUCCAUGCAAUGGAUGUUUUGGGCGGGCAUGGCGACCCUUGUGAUUGAACGGGUCGGUCGUCGACGAUUGUUGAUCUUUGGCACCGCAGGCCAAUGUCUCUGUUUUGCCAUGGCUGCUUUGGGCUUGGGGAUCAACACCAAAGCUCUUAAUGGCGUUGCGGUCGCCUUCAUUUUCUUGUACUAUUUCUUUUUUGGGUUGUCCUUCCUUGCUAUUCCCUUCAUGUAUCCAUCGGAAAUCAAUUCGCACCGCACGCGCAACCUGGGAAGUGCCAUUGCAAUGGCAGUCAAUUGGUGCGGUGUGUAUGUGAUUGUAUCAGUGACUCCAGUUGGCAUUGAGAAGAUUGGAUGGAAGUACUAUCUGAUUUUUGCCAUUACCAACUUGGUCUGGGUGCCAAUUUGCUGGUAUUUCUAUGUCGAGACAGCGGGCCUGUCCGCUGGAAGAAGUGGACCGGCUAUUCGACAUCAAGUAUGCGAGUUCCAGUAGCAUGACCCACCGGGAGGCUGCUCAGGAGGCCAAGGAGGAGACAAAAGCAAGGGUGG